UAGAAAAAUAGCAAAAUAAUAUUCUUUUUUAAUUAUUUUCCACAUAUUGGACGAGAAUACGUAGAAAUGAAGCUGAAUCAUAGACCAGGAAACCGGAUCGUACCGGCCGGUUCAACCGGUCAAACCGAAAAACCGGUCAAACCGAAAAACCGGCCGGCACGGUAAAAUCAGCACAAUCAGCCCACCGUACCGCUUUUGGUCCAAUUUCCGGUUGAACCGACCGGUACGAUCCGGUUUCCUGGUCUAUGCAAAAUAGGAGAUAUAUGAAUGAAUAACAUAAGAAAUUGAUCUAGAACGGGUUAAGAACGGGGCGGGGCGGGACAAAGCGGAUAGGAAGUUGAUACUCAUGCCCCGCCCCACACUACUGCGAGUCGGGUAAUACCCGCCCCAUUACAAGUCAGAUCGGGUAAUACCGGACAGAACGAGUUCAAAUUGCCAUCCUAAGAUUAGGUAAAAGAAGAAGUUACACGGACAGGGGAAGAAGGGUGAUCAUUGAUUGAAGCAGGCCGGCCCGGUUAAUCUACAAUAGAUCCUGUUAGAUAGGUGUAAAAAUGGGCCCAAACGUUGAGGCCCGGCUAUUAUUGAUAUUACCCCGACCGGUUGUUUAAUUUCCUUUCCGUCGGUUGCCAAUUCGCAGAAAAGAAAAACCCCAUUUUGCUUUCCUCUUCGUCGAUCCAACCCAAUGUCUUCUUCCGGCUCCGGCUCCGGCUCCGGCUCCGGCUCCAGCUCCAGCUCCAGCUCCGGCUCAGAGGUUGAAAUGCGCCCUCCUUCACCUCGUCCUGGCGAGAACAAGAACUACUACGACCUCACCUGCAAACGCUGCCGUGAAUUGGAGCGUAUGGAGCCGGUCAUCGAGGACGGCGACGAGGAGAGGUAUUUAUUUCCACGCGAACGCAUCGGCGAGGGUGAGUUCGGUGACAAUGAAGGCAUAAAGCAACGGGUCAUCAUGUAUCGGAAGUCGUUGGCGAAAUCCGGCGGGUUUGAUGCUGAGUGCCCUCCAGAUUAUCAAACCCACAACCCAUUUAUCUACUCCAGGCAGCAUUUUGAUGAUUGGGAUAUUUUCAAUAUGAAAGUUGACAAGGCUGUUGAACAUGUGAUCGAUACAUAUAACAGGGAGAAGGGCAAGAGUUUGAAGUACGGGAAAACCUUGAACGUAACUGCAUCGCAGUGUAUGUCAUUGCUUGCCCUCUAUAUAACUUUUGAGUGCUCCAAUCCGCCGGAAGAUCCUUCUUUUGAGAAGUACCAAGCUGUGGUUUCCUGUGAUAUGAGUGACAAUAUUGUUGAUGAUAAGAAGAAGAUUCUGAUCUUCAGGAAGGAAUCAACUGGGAUGGAUUUGCUAGAUCCUCACGAGCCAACGGCUCUUUGCAUAGAAAUUUGGAAAGCAAAAGCUAAAGUUGGAGAUCGAGGUGGGAAAAGAAAGUUCGAAGGUGACGAAGGAGUGGAGGUUGAGUGACGAUGAGAAUGUGGUCACACACGCUGCUUGUUAUGUUGUUUAUUUGAAGAAUUCCAUCUGUUCCGAUCUGAUGUUGAACUCUGAACUAGAGAUGCAAUGCCUAUAUAUGUAUGUCAUGGCAUUGAUCUUAAUUUUGCCGAAAAAGUGGAGGUCUGCUAGCUAAGUGUUAUCUUUAAUCUUUGCUCUGUAGUAGUUUGUUUAAACGGUUGUGGAGGUAUGGCAGCUGUGUAUGUGUUUGAACUGGACAAUUGCUUGUGAGUGAUGAUGUUGUGUGGUAAAAACUGUUGUAUAACCUUACUCUCUCUACCCCUGAAGAAUUAGUAGUGUGUUAUGAGUGUCUGUAACCUUUAAGUGACAAAUGAGCCAAAGAAUCCUAGCUCGUUUGAGGUACAUGGAGCAGGUUAUUACAUUGGAGAAGCACAUGUACAUUGAGAAGGCUGUUGCAUACGCAAGAGAGAUCUACAAAUCCUAGCAAACUCCGCUGGGUAAGGGAGCCUAAAGCAAGCUGAAUAUGGAGUUUCCACAAACAAAUGAGCAAGAAUCGC